CGACGGAAGCGGAACCACGUAUUGGUUUGUUUAGCUUAGCAUUGGACGUGUGGAUAACUUUUAACGUUGUAAAAUUCCGCUUCCCCCCCCCGCUCCCCAGCACACACCAACGAGCACCUCUCCCAUUUCACCUCCGUUACAAAUCGAGAUGUUUAACCGACAGACGAGCCUGUGGAUGGGUGACUUGGACCCGUACAUGGAUGAGGCCUUCAUCAAACAGGCCUUCAGUGCCAUGGGAGAGUCGCCGUUUGGGGUCAAGAUCAUCACUCACAGGAUAACAGGUGGUUCGGCCGGGUACUGCUUUGUGGAGCUGGCCGAUGAAGCCAGCGUCGACCGCUGCGUCCAAAGGCUGAACGGGAAACUGGUUCCUGGCUCAAACCCGCCCCGGAAGUUUAAGCUAAACUAUGCCACCUAUGGAAAAAGGCCAGAGGCGGGGCCGGAGUACUCUGUGUUUGUGGGGGACUUGGCCUCCGAGGUGGACGACUUCCAACUGCACCAAGUGUUCAAGAAGUACCUCUCCUGCAAGGGGGCCAAAGUCGUCACGGACCAGUACGGAUACUCCAGAGGCUACGGCUUCGUCAAGUUCGGGGAGGAGGGCGAGCAGAAGAAGGCCAUCGAGGAGUGCCAGGGCACCAUGCUGGGGGGCAAGCCGCUCCGGCUGAGCAUCGCCGUGGCCAAGAGCCAGAAGAUGAGCAACUACCACGGGGGCCAGAAUUACCAUAGCAACUACAACCAGCCCCCGUCCAGUUACUACGGCAACCAGGGCAACGGGGGCCAGGCGGGCUACUACCCCCAGUGGGGCGGCUACGACCAGUACGGCGGCUACGGCGGCGGCUACAACUACGGGCCCUAUGGGUACCCGCCGCCGGGCCACGCGCCGCCGCCGCCGCCCCCCAUGGGGAUGCCGCCCGCCGACACGACGGGAGCUGCGGAGCCGAGUCACGACGAGGGCGGAGACGCAGCCGAGGAUAAUUCAGAAGAGCCCUUCCCCGAGUGUGACGUGGAGCAGUGGAACAAAGACUUCAUGCAGCGGAGUGAGGAGCUCUACGACGCCAUGAUGAGCUCCCGCUGGGAACCCCUGGACUCGGUCAACUCCCCCGUCCCCGCCCUCUCCUGAUAGGUCUCCGUCUUCUGAUCCCGCCCAUAAGCUUAAAUAUUUCUUCUUUUUUUAUUUUUAUUUGUAGGAUUUUGUACUCCCCAUUCUGUCUUACCACACGGACGCCUUUAAAAGGCUGCAGCUCGGUACACGCCGAUGUUUCCUCUUCCUAUAUUUUAAAAGUACGCACAAAUAUUCACUUGAUUUUAAUGUUUACCAUGUUGGUAAUAUUCAAAAACGGUUGUUGAAUGACGAGUGACGUGUAGUGCACACCGAGAGUGUCUACCACACAGGAGGUUUACUGUCAUGCAACCCGUAAACGACGAAGUGGAGACACCAGCAACAGCCACACAAGUACAAACAUUGCCUUGAUUAUCAUUCGCCAUGCAGUUCCUUUUUAAUCCAUGACGGUUAUCACAUGAACGAGUUCAUACGGGACGCCCCGGCAGCGUUUAUGUUCUGCUGUUGGACGGCCGGCGCUUUGUAUAUAUUUUCGUUGGUGGAAACGUUUUAUCAAUAAAACAAAUUUAGGAAGGAAA